AUGCGGACCGACGACGAACGCGUUGCCCAGCUCGAAAAGGAGAUUGAACAGCUCCGGGCCGAGGUACGCGACAAGACUGCGUCGAUUGCAGAAGAGGCCGCCGUUUUGAACGCGGCGAUCGAACGCGGUGCCAACUCUUCGGUGGACGAUGUGCACAAGGCCAAGCAGGAAGCUGAAACCCGCUUGAGCGAGGUGGAAGCCAAGCUAAAGGAUACCGAGUCUCGUCUGACCGAGUUGGAGACCCAACGCCAAGCAGCAGACGCCAAACUCGUGGAAGCGGAAGAAAGGCCAAAGAGGCAGAGACCAAACGGUCCGAGGCCGAAUCCGCCCCACCUCCAACGCCGGCUCGGUACGCUCGAGGACCAGCUCGAGGACGCGCGCGCGCAGGCCGAGCGCGAAGACGAGUCGGCGCGAUCGCGGAUCGCCAAGGCGAAAGAGGGCGAACAGGCGGCGUGGAAAGAGGUUGGCCAAGGCCAAGAUGAGGAACUGGUCGAGGCGCUUAGGGAAGGUGCUGUCACGCUCGAAGCCGCGCGCGGGGAUGUGGAGGGGCUGAGAGCUGAAGUGGCGGACCUUGAGAGUCUGAAGACUCCGGGAACUCAAGAGGGCGAUGGUCAGCCUGUCGAAGUUGUUCAGCUCAAGAGGGAGCUCGAGGACAUUAAAAAGGCGCUCGAGGUGGCCAAGAAGAACGAGGCGGAUCUGCGCGCUACCCUCGAAGGACUCGAAAAGGACAAGACCGAGGGUUUGGAACAGCGUGCGGCAGAGCACCAGAAGACGGUCUCUGAGCUUCAAAAGAAGGGAACUAGCGCUGAACAGCUACGUGCAGAAAGCCCCAACACUCGCCGAGACAGUGUCGAUUCUGAUUCGUCGCGGGGGCCUGGCAAGAGGGAACAGAUGCUGGUCUCAAGUACGCAUAUUAUCACUGGUCUCGAAGAAGAGAUCCGCCAAUGGGGUUCAAAGUAUGCUAUGCUCGAGCAAGAGAACAAGUUGCUCGAGAGCGGAACUGAGCAACUCCAAGUUGUACGCGAUGGAGAACUUGAAGCUACGAUUGACGACAAGCUCGAUACCAAGGCAGAAGGAACAGAUGGGGAGAGAAUCAAGCGCAUAGAGACGGAGAAUGAAUUAAUGAAGACAAAGAUUACAGAAAUGGAACAGAAACAUGCACGUGUAGUAUUGGAUUUGAACAAGGAGAUUACAGAAUUAGAGAACUUGGUCGAGUCCAAGAUCUAUCGCGAAGACGAUCUUGAACGUGAAUUGGAGCGGUACAAGGAGAAACUUGCGCGUGCGCAAAGGCCAUCUGGCGAGUCGAUGCUUACCAACGGCACGUCCAAGUCCAAGUCGAACAUCAAGGUUGUGACGACCAUGGCAGACCGGUGCGAGCUUUGCGAGUCCAAGGACCAUGAUGGAAUGGACUGCCCUCUGUUGCAUGAUGGCGCCGCGAUUGGCAAGGACAAGAAGGGAUGGUGCGCCGACUGCGAAGAAUUCGGACACGAAGUCGACGAAUGUCCAAACUCGCAGGAAGUAUUCUAA